AUCGUUACAUCGCCAUCUAGCGAUUCAGUUGAAGAGGAAAUACGCUUUAUUAUAAGAGGAGAUUAAACAUUCUGUCCACAAAAAAAGCAUUUCCACAUAUCACCAGGACUCUCUCUCUCUCACCCGAAACACUGCACUUUAAUACGAGGUCGAAUUGUUGGGGUUGUCAUACAGCCUCCGAACAGACGAGGCGGUGUAGUAUUUGCUGCGUCAGAAAUUCAGAAAGAGACAGAAAAAUGGCGGACCGGUUGACACAACUUCAAGAUGCUGUGAAUUCGCUUGCAGAUCAGUUCUGUAACGCAAUCGGAGUUCUGCAGCAGUGCGCCCCACCAGCCUCCUUCAGCAGUAACCAGACCUCUGGCAACAAUGACCAACCGCCGAACCAAACCGAAGAAUAUGCUCAGCUGUUUGCAGCGUUAAUCGCCCGAACAGCGAAAGAUGUGGAUGUACUGAUCGACUCCUUACCGAGUGAGGAAUCGACUGCGGCUCUGCAGGCUGCUAGUUUGCGGCAGCUAGAGGAAGAGAAUCAUGAGGCUGCUGCCCGUUUGGAGGAGGUUGUGUUUCGUGGAGACAUUCUGCUUGAGAAGAUACAGAGUGCCCUGGCAGACAUCGCUCAGUCUCAACUACGCACACGCAACGGAGCCCCUAGCCAACCUUCCCCUGCAGAGUCCUGACGUGCAACUCUUAAAAUGAGGUCAAUUGAAAUUGGACAACAUUCAGCAUCACCUUCUGAGGAAUUGGUCUUGUAUGGAAGAAGAUAAGUCUUUAUGACCUAUACAGACCUGAAAUUCAUUGAGGAAAUUGUAUCACUUUUUGUUCCUUUCUUCCACAUCAGUUAUGUACAUAUAUGUGAAUUGCCGUGCCAUGCUUUGUUUGUAAA